GAAGCGCGUGGACGAUCAGAGCAGGGGCGGAAACUUUAUGACAAAACGAAACAGUCUCAACUUUGACAGGGAGGUUGCAGCUGGUCUUUUACUCCUUUGACAGGCACUUUUUUGGGGGGAAAAAUGCAGAGCAGUGCCUUCGGUGCCUCGUUGGCUGGCGGUGCUUUUGACUUAGAGAGUUUUAUAAAGCAGCCACAGACCAUUUUGCGAUGCCUGAGCUGGUUGUUCUCCAUCGUGGUCUUUGCAACCAUCACAGCAGAAGGCUAUAUCAACCCAACAACCAGGGAAGAGACCAAGUGCAUGUUUAAUGAUAACGACAGCGCCUGUAGCUAUGGGGUGGGAAUCGGAGUCUUGGCAUUCCUGGCUUGUGUUGUCUUCCUCAUACUGGAUGCCUACUUCCCACAAAUUAGCAAUGCCAAAGAAAGAAAGUGCAUUGUUACAGGAGAUUUAGUCUUCUCAGCGGCCUGGACAUUCCUGUGGUUCAUCUGCUUCUGUGUCCUGGCCAACCAGUGGUCCAAAACCACUAACCCCUCUGUCCCUGGCGAUGCUGCGCGUGCUGUCGUUGCCUUCUCCUUCUUCUCAAUUAUCACAUGGGCUCUUCUGUCCUACUUUGCCUUUGGAAGGUACCGCCAGGGCGUCAGUGAGUUUGACCAGGAGUACAGAGACCCAGCAAAUGACCACUCAACCCCAUUCCCCCCUGCUCCGUACCCCAGCAGCAGCGGCCCCGCAGGCUACCAGCAGUCGCCUUUCAGCCAAAGCCAGGAUCAACCAGGGGAAUACCAGCCUCCAGCUUAUUGAUGGACUGAGAUUCAUACAUGUGAAUCCAACAGGGGAGUUUUAAAUACAGAUGCUUGCCAAUGGUUCCAUUUACAUCUUGCACUGUUCUCUGCACUCCAAAUGUCUUCCUGCAGAAUUUGCUUUGGGUGCACUUAUGUGUUUUUUUUAUUUCUGUUUUGGAAAUUUUGGAGGGGUGUUCUCUGUGUUGCUCACACACAGCAGGUGGAACGAAAUAUUUUGUGUUUAGGAAUUUGCCUGGUAAGAGAAAGGAUUAGUGUGCCAAUUGUGUCUUUGCACCGAACCAACAAGUUAUUUCAAUGUUAAAUUUUUGUUAAAUUUAUGAGUGCAGUGAAUAUGUUGAUACAAUUGACUUUGUUGAUGGGAAAUCUGCUAAGAAAUAACUAAGUUUGACAAUUGAAUUUUGAAUGUGUAACUGUUAAAUUAAUGAAGUUUUUUUAUUAUUACUCUCAGAUUCAUAUACAGCAGUUCAAUAACAGUGAUGGGUCGAUACAGACCACAAAACACACCCAUUGUUAUUUAACCAACGGUUGCAUUGUAAAGGUUCCUCUCUGUAACUACUGUAACGGCAUGUUUAUGUUCUUUUUUUUAAAUAAUCAACCACUGAAAAAUUGCUUUUAUGCACUGAAAAAAACUGUUGAUCUCUUUUGGGCAGUUGAUUGCCAAUAUCUGAUCUAAGAUAGUUAAUUUUAUUCUUUAAAAUCCAACAUGCUAAAGUGGGUUUAUAUUUAGAAUAUUUUUGGUUUUCAGGUAGCCAAACUUAUUCAUUCGUAUCAGCUACCUCUGUUGUAGUCUAAUGUGCCUUUCUUGAGUGCAGUCAACAGUAUAUUUCGUUGGAAAUAUCCAAUUCAGCAAAUGCUUCAGCCAUACAUUAAUUUCAGGACUUCAGUGACAUUGGGGUAAAAUAGUAUAUUUAUUAUCUCGACAAUCAAAAUCGACAGUUUAGCUGACUUCUUUUUCAGCUUUCUCACUAUGUAGCUGUACCUUUUACACGUGUUGCAGUCUCACUGUUGUACUCAAUGGAUUUACAAUAAUUUCCCAUUCAAGUGCCUUAUACAUGAUUCUGUAUCACGCAGGGUUUGCCAAAUAAAAUACCUUUUUUUUUUUUUUUUAA